CAACAAUAUAACGACUUAAUGAAAACGCCUAUUGUAUUGAAAUAUUGUCAAUGAGUUUGAAGUGUAUAACUGAACCAUGAUAGUCAUUGUAAAAUAUUAUCUCCGCAUAUAAUAUAAAUUACCAAUAAGACUGGAGUAAAAAUAAACGAACAAAUUAUAUUAUUACAUACUGACUUAUGUUUCACGUAUAUAAUAUUAAUUUUUAAUAAUUAAAUAUUGUGUUAUUUACAAUUCUAAAUAAAAUAUUGAAAAGGAAGUGUGAUAUUAUAAAAGUGUGUUAUUCACUUGGGCGCAGAAACAAUAAGGAUCUUUGGAAACUAUGGCGACGAUUAUUAAUGUUUUAAAACUGGAAGAGAAAAUGUUUCCUAAUUCUUUACGAAUUUUUGAUCAAAAUGUUAGCAAACAUAUGUUAUUUUUAAUAACAAUUCCCGAAGAAAAUUUGCUUCAAAAUAGUGAACAUGUUGCAUCUGCAGUUUUACAGGAAAAUCCAUUGAUAACAAUUGAUAUUAAUUUUAUUAAAGUUGGUGGUAUUAAUUUAAGUGUGAGAUUGAGUUUUUCGGAGCAACCAUCAAAACAAAUUCACAGAGUAACUCUUUACUACAUGAAUUCUCAGUAUGAAGUUGAUUUAUCCGAAACAAUUGAAGUACCACUCAUUUCUCAUAAAUGUCAGCAUUUUUUUAAAGAACAUUAUCAAAUUUUGCGUUUGUUUCACAGUAGCAGAAGUCAAUAUUAUGAUGUUCUUGAUAAUAAAUUAAUUAAUAAUAAUUUACACGUCCUCUGCAAAAUAGAAAUUAAAAAUGUUCCAUCUGUUAAACUUGAUGUUUUAAAAUCAGAACAACAUACAAAACUCGUCUCCAUUUGCAGAGAAAAAUUACUCCCUGAUUUUAAAAUUAUUUGUCAAGAUACAGAGAAUUUGGUCCAUAAAGCAGUUCUUGCACAUUCGUCACCUGUUUUUCAAAAAAUGCUCGAAACUCCAAUGAAGGAAUCACAAACUAAUGAAAUCAAGAUCAACAAUUUUCAACCAGAUGUCGUCGAACUAAUGAUAAACUCCAUGUACUCCGAUAAUGAAAUUCAGGAAGAUGAAUUAUCUCAAGAAACUUUAAAAGCACUUUUUAAAGCAGCACACAUGUAUCAAUUAGAAGGUUUAAGAAAAAUUUGCUUAAAGAAAAUGUUUAAAAUAGCAAAGGAUAUCAGUGAAAUUAUGGAUGUCAUUUUAUUUGCUGGAUCCGAGUAUAAAGAAGAAAUGGUAGAAUUUUUUAAAGAUGUUCGUUACACUCUAUUGUUAAGUGAUUAAUUCCAGUAAUCUAAAAGUUAUUUAAAAAAUACUUUUCGCUUCAUGUUUAAAAUUAAAAAUUUUACACCAGAAAAAUAUAUCAUUUAGUUAAGUUUGUUAAAAUAUAAAUAUUAGUAAGUAAAACAAAAAGUAAAUAUUAAAUUGAAAACAAUGCACUAAAUAGAAAUAUCAUCAAAUGGCUAUAUUCUGUGAAGUGAAAAUUAAUUAUUUUUAUAUUAACGAUUAAAGAAAUUAUUCAUAUUCUAUUUCCUAGAAAUGGAAAUAAACUGCGACUUUAAAAUUUGUUAAAAGUUUGAAUAGUUAAUGAAAUUCAAAAAAAUACCAUCUGCAUAACAGUCGAUUCACAAUGUUAACAACCAAAAUAAAAGCAUCCAUUUUUAUAUCUAUAAUAAUAACAUUAAACUCGAUUUCCAUUACUUAAAUCUAUAUUUAAGAAGCAGUUCUUAAAAAUAGUGAAAUUUUUAUAAUAAAAAGUAUGAAGGAUACUACAGUUACCAAAAAUUAUAAACAAUUAAUUAGUUGUUAGUUAUCUUCUUCUUUACAUUAUUCACUUCAUUAUAUUCUUUCAUCUAUCGCUUAGCCUUGUAAAAUUUAACUCAAAGUUUAGUUAUAAAUAUUAUACCUAUUGCACGAAUAUUCAUAAACAAAAUAUCUGCAUUUACUUUGAAAAUAAAAAGCGAUGCAGUGAAAAAUAUACAAAUAUAAAUAAUUUUUCUUUCUUUAUGCGAGAAAAUAAGUUUUACAUAUUUCAAACACCUGUAAUUUUCUGUUAAAUCUAUAAAUGUACGCACUAAAUAUGUAUUGCCAAACGAGAUUAGAUUUCGAGAAUUAUGUCUAUGUAUGUACAAGAAAACAAAUAAAAAUUUAUCGAAAUUCGUGUUAAAAAUAUAAAGUUCUAUUUGAUUCGUUACACAAAUAAUACAUAUAAAAUACCGGAGGGAAGGGAAAAGUUCUUGAAUUUACCCCCACUUAUCAAAAUUUGUUCCCAUAAAUAUUUGGACCUAGAAUUAAGAAUUUAAAAUUUUGACUAAAAGAAUUCAUUUGAAAUUUUGAAAAAGUCUUCGAGUCUUCUUGAAAAACUUUUGCUUCGAGUAUUUAUGUUGUAAUAUACCAGUUUUUCAGUUUUUUUUACACAUUAUAAGUUUUUGUAUUAAAAAUGAAUUUAAUAGUUAAUUUCGUUUUUGUUCUGAUUUACGUCUCUAUCAGCAUUGAUGCUUAUUAUGACGUAAAGGAUGGACGAUUCAACAUUGAGUCAGAAGCACCCAAACUGGGUAACAAGAAGGAAGAAUACGAAAUUCAUUUAAUCGACAACAAUUCUACCAAACUUGGCCAAAAUUUCGCAGAUUCUCUAGUCUACAAUGAAGGCAGUUUUGGACAUUCAUCAGGAACUAGUAAUCCUAACGAAAAGGGAGAAGUUACUGCAGCAGAAGAAAUGGGUCAAUAUCGACAAUACAAAGGUAAUAUCGCAGCUGGUGGUGGAUAUUCAUCAGAUACACAACAAAUAGUAGCUCAAUUGUGCUACAACGCAACCAUAUCAUCAACUUCUGAUCAACAAACAUACAUUCAAUUGAAUACAGCAUUAACAUAUUCAGAAUUAGAAAACAAACUCGGAAUAUCUAUAAGUGCGAGGGGAAAAUACGGAAUGUUCUCAGCAGAAGCAAAAGCAAGUUACAUGAGAUCCAUUCAAGACAAAGAUUACGCAACAUCGCUCAACUAUUUCGAGUACGCUACGAGUAAUGUCGCAGUCCAACUCGCCGGUUACGGUACCAAUGCACUGACCGAAUCCGGUAAAGAUAUUUACCAAGAAGGUAAAAAUAAAUUCUUUGGAUUAGUGUGCGGCGAUCAUUACAUCACUUCCUAUCAACAGGGUGCACUACUAACAAUGGGACUAAACAUUAGAUUCGCCAGUUCCAAUGCAAAGCAGAAAUUUGAAGCGAGAAUUAGUGCUAAAUUUGGAAACAUUGCAAGCGCGGCGGGAAGUAUAGAAGCCAUUGCCAGCAAGUAUAAUAUUACCGGUUCGGUUAUAAUCCAAGCAUUUCAAAUGGGCGGCGAACCUAGUCAACUUUCAAAGAUAUUAAACAAAGACAAUGAGGGUCAGUACUAUGCGUUAACAUGCAGUCUCUUGACAAUGACUAAUUGCAUAAGUGCAGCAAGCGGUUUGUUAGAUUACGCACGAGAUGAAUUCACGAAACAAUUUUCAUUUCAAACCAAUACUGGUUUGACACCUUUGGGUAUUGCUUUCACUCAGUACAAUCCAAUUGAGUACAUAGGUUUGUCUUCUGAUUCUCUAGUCACUCAAGAAGUGAUAAACAUUCGCAAUGAGCUUUCUGAUAAAUUAAAGGAAAAUGAAUACUAUCAGGAGAAACUCUAUCCUUUCUUUAAUAAAGGUUACCCUGUCGAUUUAGAUACUAAUUUUCAAACUGGACUUAAUCGAAUUUUAUCCAAAAGUAAAAAUAAUCUUGCUGUACUGAUGGAUCCACAUGGAGGGGCUGUUGAUUGUUUUAACUAUCCCAAUUUGUGUAGAAUCAAAAAAAGUGACAUUGAUUCAAAACUAGAAACUAUAACCGCUGGUGAUUUAAAAUUUGUAGAAAAGAUAAAAUAUAAAAUUACCAUUUUUGGUGGUAUGUUGUAUAACAAAGGUAAGGAUUUUAAUACAUAUUCGUGGAUUGUUGUACCUAAUGAUGGUACCGGAAAGGAAAGAGUUAGUAGUGUUAUUAUGUGGUACAUUUCGAAUUAUACCUUCGGGUAUGAUACACUAAAUCAUGUACCAGUCACUACACGUUUAUAUGAAGUGAAAUUUUUUGGUAAUUUAACUUCAAGUGGUAAUGCAUUUGAAGGUAGUAUGUGCUCUCGAGUUGAAGGAUCAACCUGGAAUCCUUGCCAAUAUGGUUAUAUUGAAAGAAUACUAUUGUCGGAAUUUUUUUUCGAACCUUACACUUUUGACAAAAAGACCGAAAUAGAAAAGAAUUAAAAUAUUCCAUAUUCUCUAAACUUCGGAAUUCUUUAGAAUUUUUCUAUUCUAUUUAAUCUCGAAAAUUUCUUAUUUUCUAUAUACUUUCAAAAUUGAACUGCGCUCUAGCGCAUAUCAAGGGAUUUUAAAUAUUUUCUUGUGUCCCUUGUGUUACGUCAUCGUAACCAAUAAUAAUAUGUAGAAUAAUAAUUAAUAAUGAUAAUGUAAUAAUAAUGCAUUAUAAUAAUCGUAAGUUUCCCUUUCCGUUAGCAAAUUCUCUGCAUUCAUUUGUUUGUUUGAAAAUCAA